AUGCAAUGUGAUGAGCAACACGGGAGCAAUACACAGCUCAUGUGGAUGGAAGAGGCGAGAGAGGAGCUCGACGCCGCCAUUCUACAGGCCAAGAAGCACUGCAUUUCCAUUCAACAGAACGUUUGGAACAACGAAAAGCUUAAUCUUCGCCCUUUGGAGGACCUUUACGUUCGCCGAUAUAUUUAUGGAGUCACUGUUGCUCGCAAAAGUCGCUUCUUCAAUGGGCAACUGUCUAACAGUGAACGACUUCACCUUAUAGAAGACAACUAUGAAAAGCUGAAUAGUGAGAAAAUAGGCCAGGGCGAUCAAUAA